AUAGCGUGAGAAUUUCAGAGGGUUGGAGAGAGGAGACGACGAAGUGGCCUGUGGGCAUAUUUGCAGAAGAGCUUGAGAUCUGAUCUAAUCGGAGACCUUCGUCUUCACCGGCGGACCCAGAAAGAUGUCGUCAACCUUCAGCGGCGAUGAAACGGCUCCCUUCUUCGGCUUCCUCGGCGCCGCUGCGGCACUCGUUUUCUCCUGUAUGGGAGCUGCUUACGGGACGGCGAAGAGCGGGGUCGGAGUGGCGUCUAUGGGAGUAAUGAGGCCUGAAUUGGUGAUGAAGUCGAUUGUUCCGGUGGUUAUGGCUGGAGUUUUGGGUAUAUAUGGGCUUAUUAUUGCUGUGAUUAUUAGUACUGGGAUUAACCCUAAAGCCAAAUCUUAUUACCUCUUCGAUGGCUACGCGCAUCUCUCCUCUGGUCUUGCUUGUGGCCUUGCCGGUCUGUCCGCUGGCAUGGCUAUCGGGAUCGUCGGCGAUGCGGGUGUUAGAGCCAACGCACAGCAGCCUAAGCUUUUCGUCGGGAUGAUUCUUAUUCUAAUUUUCGCCGAAGCGCUUGCACUCUAUGGACUUAUCGUGGGGAUUAUUCUCUCUUCUCGAGCUGGUCAGUCAAGAGCUGAUUAAGUGGAUGCUUUGUGUGUGGAGUUUGUGUAGUAUGUCUCUCCUCUUUUUUGUCAAGAAUUGGUUUUGUACUCUGAGUAAAAUGGGUUACCGUGAUUAAGCCUACUUUCUCAAAUCACAAAUGUUCUUAUGAGGUGUGAUUUCUAUACCGCACGGAUUCUGUAGCUGUUGUAUGGAUUUGGAAUUAAUUAUUCUUCUCAAUAAAGAUUAAACUUUGUUUCCUA